AUGCAACUUCUACUUCAAGGAGUACUUGGAUCAAUUUGGCAAAACAAAAGUGCACACACCAAUUUGUCCAUUCUAUGGCCACCCAAACCCCCAGCACCAUGUCCAUGUCCAUUAAGACAAGCUUGGGGAAGCCUUGAUGCACUGAUAGGUCGAUUAAGAGCAGCUUUUGAAGAGAAUGGAGGAAAACCAGACACAAAUCCAUUUGGUGCAAGAGCUGUUAGGCUUUACCUUCGCGAAGUUCGUGAUCUUCAAUCGAAAGCAAGAGGUAUAAGCUACAAGAAGAAGAAAAGAAAGCGCCCACCACAACAGCAACAACAUCAUCAGCAUCAGCAGCAACAACAGCAUCAGCAUCAGCAUCAACAGCUUCAACAAUUGCCAAUGCAAUUGCCGCUUCAUCUUUGUCACCAUCAACACCAGCUUCCACCCCCAGGUGCAACUCAAUAAUUAUGAAUGUCUCUUCUCAUAUCAUAUUCCAUGGAAAAAA